CUGACGCAAUGAUGGCGGAUUGUUCAAAGCAAGAAGAUACGCUUGGAUAAUUAUUUGUGAAGAUUUUAUAAACUUCGGUGAUCACCAUGGCAUAUACCGACUUUCCUCAUCAAAAUCAGCUCCAGUUUAAUCUCAAUGUCCCUCUGAAAGCCAAGAACUUGGUUGUGCAGCAUCAUCAUCUACAGCCAGUGGUAAUAGAGAAAGUUCGUGACAGGAGAGGGACAUUCACAGGAAGACCUAAUGUCCUCCAUAGCUCACAGUCCUCUUUCCAGUUUCAGUCUGUGUCAGAGGACCGCAUGGCUAUUGCCAUACAAAUGGCCAGAAGGGAUUUAAAAAAUAAGAAAAGUCAGCAAAAGUCUGGCAUCAGAAGUCGGUCUCCAUCGCCAAAAUCUUCUAAAACUCGAGUGAUACAUAGUAAAGAGUAUUUGGAACGGCAGAAGAAGUGGCAAGGGAGGAGUAAAAAGCCUGUCAGUGUGAGGGAACGAGAUGUGAACAGGCAACCACGGACAAUGAAAACCCAGACCCCAUCACAAUCCCCUAAACCGUUCCUGAAUACCAGAGCAGUCAGUCAUCUGCCAGUUACCACAAACAGUCCGCCGACUCGUGACAUAGAUGUGUACCCACGCUACAAGGUGAGAGAGGACCUGGAGCCCACAGACAACAUAGAGAGACUGCAGCUGGAGCUCGAGGGUUAUCUCCAACAGAUAAAGAAGGUUGGAGAGAAGGCACUGCAUGAUCCUGACCACUUUGUUCAUCGAUCCCGAAGUCGAAAGAAAGAUGGCUACUUGUCUGACGAGGAAGAUGAAGAACGAAGGGUGAUAAGAACGGAAGAAUUUGCCACCCGUGCAGCUCGGAACCUGUACAACCUGAGACAGCAAGUGCGUCAGAUCCAGAGAGACUUGAUGAACUUGGGGUCUGACAAUAAGGUCAAACAGACAAAAAAGAGCCAAGCUAUGUCCAAACUGGGUGCAGCUCACAGAGGAGCUGCUAGGGCGAUUCAAGCAUUCGUCACCAACCUACCUCAACAAGACUUACGGAGUGGUCUCCCUUCCUCCUUCCAUGAGCUGGCCCUGUUGAUUCGCCAGUUGACUCAACUCAGCUCUCAGAUCAAGGAGGGCAAGGACAGCCAGGUUCAGACAGAGCUGACCAACAUGCUGGAUAAAGUGGAUGACCUGAACGAUGCAUGGGAGAGAGAGGUGCGGCAGCGUAGGAACAUGAACCGUGAGUCGCCGCCCAGGAAACGCUCUCCAGUCAGUCGCCAACUGUUUGACAGGGAGGAGGAGAGAGUCAAACAGUUCAGAGCACAGAUGAGAGGACAUGGCAAGGAAAAUAAACCAAAGAGUGUGUUGAAGAAGACGGUCAAGCAUUCCUAUCAAGCACCAAAAGUGCAGCCCCGCAAAGAGAAGUCCCCAGAUAGACAAGCCACACUGCGAGCUGGCAUCGCUGCCUUGAUGCGGGAGCGUGACCCCUCUCUUGAAGGUCGGCCUCGAGGAGGUGUGUCAUGGAACAUCUCACUGGACAACAAGCCCUCACAGAAGAAGGGUCUGUUACUGCCAGCUAAAUUACAGGCUAAGCGGGAAAAACUCCAUAGACAUCAAGCACAGGCUGUGGCAGACAGCCAUUUUGCUGAUCCGACAAUUGCUGCCAAUCGUAAAGCUGUUCUUCCACUUCACAACCCCUUCGAUGACGACUCCCGGCCAAACUCAGCUCCAUCUUCACCAGGACAGAGAUAUCGAAGCCAGUCUCACAGUCCAAACAGACUUGGGUCCCGUCACCCCUGGAAACCUCCGGGAACCCCGACAAAAAGCCCUGCCACGCCCAAACAUCGGAGUCGCUCAUUCAGUCCUCCAGGUUCUCGUAUGAGGUUCUUUGUUGAAGAUGUAGACAAAGAUAUUGUCAAACAACUGUUUCCCGAUGACGAGAAACCAACAUUCAAGCACAGUCGUAAAUCAAGAAGUGUUUCAUCCCCAAGAAGAAACAGAUCACCGAGAGCAUCAAGCAUGUCAAGACGGCGAGAACCGCUCCGGAAUUCAUUUGUGUCGAGCGUGGUGGAUGAGGCCAAGAAGAGGAUGAAGCCAUAUCUUAAGAAGGGAGCUGCUUCGUAUCCUGGUUACCGGAGGUCUCGCAGGUCAUCACCAUCACCAGACAGAUCGUUUCAGUCAAGUAUUUAUGACGACUCCAUGACUAGCCAACUGCUUGACGACAUCCUUGCGGACACCGUCCAUGAUAUGCAUAACAUGGAUGACAGGGAGAGGGUUCGCAAGAAAGCUGUGUCCAUGCAGGAUGCGCCUACCCUUGAAACCAUAUUCCAGAGGUUAGAGCAAAUGGAGCAAGAACAGGUGGACAUUCGACGUAGAUGGGCAACGGUCAGCUAUACAAACCCGCAGCCAGUGUCCAAGUACUUCACCACAAAGGAGGUUUUGUCAGAUUAUCCCCGCUCUCCACCAGCUAUCGAGGUACACAGGACAGGUGGACCCACAACCCCACCCAGACAUGUGAAAUUUUCCCACCAACCCACAGAGGAGCCAAUAGUGUUUACCAAAGAAUCAAAACAGUCAAAAUGGACAGAGAGUUACUCACACAAGGUUCCCAAGGAUGCAGAUGAGCGGGAGCCGAAGACGGUCCCUAGCAUGUGUAGGCCUCGGACAAUGUUGUCCAUUCCCCAGACGGUGGUCAGUAGGAUCGACGACCAUCAGGAGGCAUACAGCAGCUACCUCAAGAAGAUGUCCCAUCACCCACAGGGGCUCUUCCAGCCGUGGAAACUUGUUCAGAAGAUUAGUGAUGAGAUUUUCGCAGAGUGUUUGGAAGAGGUAACGGGAGAACUAGACGAGUUCAACGAAGCAAUCGCAAACCAUUUGUACAAAUCAGAGUUCAUGGAAGCCAAGGGUCAGACCCCUUCACCAGAAGGUCAGGGCUUCUGUAUCACAGAUCACGAGCCGGACCACUUCCCCAGAAGCUAGAGCACCCUUACCCCAAGCCGAGGAGAGGCUUAGUGGGAGGGAUAUGUCUCGUGAUGCUUCUCCUAAGCAUGUGAGUGUGUCUUCACGACAUAUUGAAGAUUUUGAGGACGAGGAAGAGGACGACGAUGAGGAUGAUGAUGAAGACUUUGGGAGUGAGGACUGGCAGACAGAUGAUGAGGAUGAUAUCAGCUAGUGCCCUGACUGUUGUGUUCAUGGCCAGUGAAGUUGAUCUGUUGAUCAGAAUUUCUUCAGUCUAGAGAGGCAGGGAAACAAUAAAGCAAAGUUCAUGCACAUAUACUCGGCUAUGUAAGAUGGUCAAGUGUUGGCUGAAGACUGAUAAAGAUGUUUCAAACCUUCAAGAAGUUGAUAAAGAACUGAAGUGUGAUAAUUAUCAUUUUGUACCUGGCUAAAAAUAGCCUAGGUAUGAUACAUGUUUAGCAAGCUUGUUUCAACUCAUGUCAGUCAGUUAUAUAGUCAGGGACAGUAUGGCCAUGGUAGACUAAGCUACUAUAGCCUUAACUCAGAUGUUGACUAAGGUUAUAUAGUCAGGGACAGCUAAUAUAGCCAUGGUAGACAAAGCUACUAUAGCCUUAACUCAGAUGUUGACUAAGGUUAUAUAGUCAGGGACA